AUGACAGAAAUUGCACCAUUCAAUCAUCCCGUAUAUGAAGCCCUAAAGGGUAAACGAUUCGUUCUUGCUUCCACCUCGCCUAGAAGAUUGGAAAUUCUCAACAGCUUGGGAUUUACCGAUGUGGAAAUUAUAGCAUCCAACUUUCCAGAAGAUCUGGAUAAGUCACAACACACACCAGAAAACUAUGUUCUAAAUACUGCAAUCGCCAAGGGAAGGGAUGUUUUCGAAGCAAUCAAAAAUAAAGGAGAGUCGGUGGAUCUUAUUUUGGCAGCCGACACUGUCGUUGAGGUGAAUGGAACACUUUUUGAAAAACCUCGCAACCGAGAAGAACAUUUUAAUGCUAUAAAAACUUGUCGUGACUCACCUCAUCCUGUGCGUGCGAUUAGUGGAGUCGUACUGUUAAUUGUGAAGGGUGAAGGUUCCAGUAUGAAGUACACACAGGAAACUUUCACUGAAUCCACAGAGAUCAUCAUGGAUAAGGAUGCUACAGAUGCUAUGAUAGAUGCGUAUAUCAAUACAGGAGAAGGUUCCAAAGUAGCUGGCGGAUUCAAAAUCCAGGGGUUCGGAGCGCUAUUCAUGAAAGGAGUCAUUGGGGAUUACAUGAACGUUGUGGGACUGCCAUUCACUAGUACAUUCAGGACCAUAUGUCACGGUUUGGAUGUGUCGCUUUGA